AUGGAGGCAGAAGUUGAGGGCCAUUCGACCCAGGGUUCAGAAGUGAAUUAUUUUACAGCUCACAGGGAAGAACAGUGCAUGGUGAAGGGAGAUGGUUGUUAUGAGGAGGAGGAGGAGGAGGAGGAGGAGGAUGUGGAUGAAGGGGAUGUAACGUAUGUGCCAGAAAAUGAAGGUGAUGAGGAUGAGGAUGGUCUAACCCCACCGCCAGAAAGAAGGGGAAGGCAUACUCCAGCUAACAAGAUCGACUUGACUCCAAUGUUUAAUCACAUUGAGUCAUUCCAUCCAUCCAUCAGCCAUUAUAGGCGAGAGCAUGCCCCGAACAGGAGGUAUCUGCCAAGUGACAUCACCAUCAAGUCCAUGUUUCAGGAUUACAGGCAGAAGUUCACAAAAGGCUCCUAUGAAACCUACAGGAAGGCCGUAAAGGAGCUAAACAUCAGCUUCACAAAGCUAGGGGAGGAAGAGUGUGAACACUGCCUGCGGCACGAGGUCCACCUAAAGCAAGAUCACCAGGCUGAUGCCCCUAAAUGCCACAAUUGUCUAAAGUGGGAGGACCAUAAGAAGAGAGCAGUGAGUGCAAGAACUCAUUAUCAAUUGGAUGCAGAGAAGGAGCAGGUGGAUGAGGUCAUCCGUAGUGUGGACUUACAAAAAGUCAUCAUGCUGCCCCGAAUGCCUGGAGUGAAGACAGCAGUCUUCACUCGUAGAAUCACUGCUUUCCACGAGACCUUUGCAAGUGUUGGCAAAUUCAAACCUUCAAAGAAGAAGACGCUGUCUGUGGUAUGGCAUGAGGGGAUUGCUGGCAGAUCAGCAGCAGAGGUGGCAUCUGCGUUUGUCACCUCCCUUCAUCAGGAGAGGGAUGUGCGCUUUGUAAGUUACUGGGUGGACAACUGCACAUCACAGAAUAAGAACUGGACCCUUUUGACCACUUUGGUUAAAGUUGUAAAUCACGCCGCCAAUAACAUCCAAACAAUUACCCUGAAGUAUUUCGAACCAGGACACACUUUCAUGAGUGCGGAUAGCUUCCACCAUGGAGUGGAAAAGGCAAUGAGGAAGCAACCUGGAGGUGUCGUCUUGGACUUUGAAGACUUCAAGGGAGUAAUUGCAUCGUCCAAUUCUGGCAGGGUGAACGUAGUGGACCACCAGUGCACAAACUUCCUUGCCUGGAGCAGCGGCCACUCAGUGACCAAACUCAAAAAGGUGCCAAAUCUGUCUGGAAUGGCCAUCAUCCAGCUGAGAAGGGGUUCCAGGAGCAUGUUCAUCAAAAUGGCUCAUGAUGAAGUAGAGUACACAGAAUGUGACUUUCUCAUGAAGAAGGUGACCUUGGAGUACCCUGGGCAGUUGAGACCUGGAGACAAGGGGGUAGAGAGGGAGAAGAAGAUGGACAUCAUCGCUAAAAUCUGCCCAAUGAUGCCCCCACACCGCCGUCACUUUUGGGAGAAUUUGGCUGAGGAGGAGUGAAAAGUGAAAGUGAAAAGGAGCGAAAAUAAAUGUGCACGCACACGCACACACAAAACACACCCACACACUACACGUUUUCUCUCUCUCUCUCUCUCUCUGGCACGCUCACAUGUUGUAUGUUGUUACUGUUUGGUUUCUGUUAUCUGUUAUCCUUAUCUGUAGUUCUUAUGGAUAUUAUUAUAGUUCAAACUAAUGUACACUUACUUUAAUACACACAUGUAUGCACAUGUAUUCAAGAGUUCCACUGAAUCACUUAUCUAAGCUUCCCACUGGCUGCCACCAUGCAGUAGCCCCUACACACACACACACACACACACACACACACACACACACACACACACACACACACACACACACACACACACACACACCCCCUUCUCAGCCCCUGAAAGCACUGAGGCUGCCUCAUUUUCUUUCUAAAUGCUUGUUGUUCUGCCUUUUUGACUGAUUUAAUUUGUAUAUUUCCAAGUGCAGUUUUGGAAUUUAAUGAAUACAUUUUCCAAUUAAAAUGAAAAUCCACAAACCAAAAUACUAUUGAUUGUGUGUAAAAUGUUAAGUAUAUUUGGGAAGAUAAUGACAAUGUUGAUGACCAAAAAACGCAAUUGAAGGGUUUGAUUUCAAAACGCUAUAUAUUGUGUAACCCCAGUGAUGUCAACAAAAUAGCAUUUUUGUUGUUUUGUUAAAGUAAAGAUACAUCACAGAACACUAUUCCAACUGCAGGUUCACUGAUAUAACCUAGAACUUUUUUAUAUAAAAAAAAGAUUCAUGAAAAUUCAUUACAAUUGUGGAUAUAGCGUGUUAGAACCAAACUCUUCAAUUGUUUAGGGCUGC